CACGAAUUGACACUACACCGCUGUAUAGUGCCCCCAACCCCCAAUAUACGUCACCAACUCCUAUGCCUUUCUCUCUCUCCUCGGUCACAAAACCUCAUCGACCCUUCAAACCCUGAACUUUCAGAUAACUUUUUUUCUCUCUCUCUCUCUCUCUUCUCAUAACUAUGAAGAAGAUAUACCGGAAAGGUUCAGUUCAUCCAACAGCACCACUCAUCUCCGACCAUCUAUCUUUCUUACCGGCAACGAUCUUGACUCUGACGGCGGCUCUAUCACCGGAAGACAGAGAAGUCUUGGCCUAUCUCAUCUCUUGCUCCUCUGGAAACUUCCCAAACAAUCGGAGAAACACUCAAAAAACCACCACCUCUACCGGUGGUGGUGAAAGAAAAGGUGACGGCGACCACCCAGUUUCGUUUAACUGUUACUGUUUCAGGUGUUAUAUGAGUUACUGGGUCAAGUGGGAUGCUUCUCCAAACCGCCAAAUCAUACACGAAAUCAUUGAUGCUUUUGAAGAUGGGUUGUUGGUGCAGAGCAAGAGAGAGAGGAGGAAGAGUAGAGGCUGCAGUGAGCCCGAUGAGUUGAAAAAGUCUCAGCUGAGUUUGAGCAAGGAUGAGUUUGGUGAGUCAGAAUCGGUGGAGGAUACUACUAGUGGCAGCGGUGGUGGUGGAGUUGAGGGUUGUGGGACUGGUGGUGAUGAUGAGGGAGAGGAAGGGUUUGAGAAAGGUUCAGUGAGGAAGUUUGUGAGUCUGCUUGGAGAGAGGAUUUGGAGUGUUUGGACCUAAAGAAAUUGAAGGAAAACAGGGAGGAAAAAAUUUGUUUAGUUUCAUUUCCACUUAUCUAUAAAAUGCUAUAUUUUCUUCCUUGAUAUUGAUCUUUUUCUUCUUGGUUCUUGUAAAAUACCCUCUACAAUGUAAAAAAUGGGUAGCUUUGAAUCAUCACUGGUAAUUAGAAACUACAUAUCUUCCAAGCUUCCACUUAAGAUUCAUGUUUUAGUCAAUUGUUAUUGUGUUUGAAGUUCA